CCAGGCCACAGCGGUGAGAGCGCCGCAUCCUACAAAUCGGGCAAAAACCUAAGCGUUUUUACGUGUACGCAUGCGCGGCGCAACUCGGGCAGGGGGGCGUGGAUAACUGAAAAAAAAUGCGGCGGUCAAAAUUGACGUAUUUCCGAGCUCCUACUUCCGAGUGUUGGCAGACAGUGGAAUGAGUCUGUUCGUGGACACACAGAGGAGCAUCCCUCUCACUGACCAGCUGUACCAGGCAGCGCGCGAAGCCACAGCGUGCUACAUGGACGACAACAUGACAGAGAGAGUGACUGUCUAUGUUACUGAAGGCAACCUGGAGGCGGAAACAAUUCAAGCGACUGAUAACUUGCCACUCAAUGAAGCUUUUAAUAAAGAGCAAACCCGCUUUCUGAUCGAUUUGAUCCGCAACCAGUUGGAGGCAGAUGGCAAAGGUCUCCCAAGAACUUUCAAAGAGCUGAAUUACCGACUGAAGUCAGCCAAAGGCCAAAAGAAAAACCUAUGGAUGGAUAUGGCAGCUAAACUCUCCAAACACUUUAUGGAGUCCUUUGACCCAAGUAAGGUGGCUAGAAAAUGGUACACCCUCGAGGAUGGGUAUAAGAAAGUUUUAGAACAUAAUAGUACAAAUACAAACAGUCAAACAAAAACACGGUUCCAGUUUUUCACCGAGAUGGAAGAGCUGCUGGAUGGCCAUCAUGACAUUGACUUCCCUGCUGUUGGGACGGUUCAAGGUGUAGUAGGGCGCAGAAGAAAGACUUUAAGUAUUGACUGUCAGAGAGACUCGUCUGCAGCAAGACAAACAGCUACAAGACCUGCUUCACCAACGCAACCUAUUCGCAAGCGGAGAAGGACAGAAGAGGACUAUUCCACUCUUCUAGAAUUUUUAAGGGAAUCUGAGGCGGCUAGUCAGCGGCGCCACGAGGAAAUUCUGGCCCAGAUGAAAUCGGCUCAGAAGGGGUUUGAGGAGCUAAUGUGCAAAUUCUUGGAGAAAAUGUGACUCUCUCUGUGUGCACACAGACAUGCUCUGAUAAGCUGAAUCCUUUUUUCCCACAUGUAGUACUUUAUCGUUUUUCCUUAUUUUUUUCUUCAGUCCUAGCACAGCCUUAAACAAUAAUGUAUGAUCAAUAGAUUUACAUUAUGUCAAAGUUCUUUAUGCUCAUUUGUUGUUCAGAUUUUCUGCUGUUACCAAAAAAUAAAAUCUGUAGAAGUCGGGUUUGUUAUUAAAACUGUGACCAAUUGUCAAGUUAAAUUCCUGACCUCAUUCUGAAAACAAAAUAUAUAGCCGGGUGUUUUUCCUUGUGUUAGGCUACUGUUGAUUAUUAUAAUUUUUUUUUUUUUGGAAAAGAUUAAUUCCAAACUUGAGUCUUGAGAAGAUUUUCUUAUUCUGUUACUGCUGUUAAGAACAAUUUAAUUUGUAUAUAUCUCAGGCCAACAUUUUAAUGUGUAGUCAAAUUUAUUCUGCUGUCUAUACAUUUUAUCUGCUGUCUGCAUACAGUUAGAAUAUAUUGAUGGAUUUUGAUUUUUUUUUUUUUUGAUGCUAUGAAUAGGAAUGUUACAAAUAAAUUGUUUUAAACCUAA